UAGUUGUCUUCUUCUUUCCAAUUCAAGAUGGCAGCGUCUAUCAGGAAGUGAUAAAAACAACCCACUAAGAACUAACAGAAAAAAAUCCUGUUUUGGUCGGGUAAUAAUACCGUUGCUGUAGAAGACGUCUGUGGAAGGCCAUCGGGUGUACACAGAGUAUCGUUUAAUUCGAGGUCAUGGGUGACGAGCGUCCGUGGUAAAGCCUGUUGAUUGGACGAGCCGCGCGGGGGUCCUCCGCCAUGUGUGGGCCCGUAGCCUGAUGCCCACCCUCCCCACGCCUCUCGCCAUGGACGGGGAGAACUACCUGCACCCGGAGGGGCCGCAGCUCGACAGCGCCCUCUACGGGCUGGUCGCCUCCCCGCUGCUGCACACGGCCAUGGAGAGCCAGAUGUACCCCUCUAACUCCUGGGGCUUCUCCCAGCAGGCAGCCUAUAACUUGCACUGUCCUAUGCAAUCUGGAAACCAGCAAUACCACUUGAAUAGCCCUUCGGAUAUGCAUAUUGAAAUGUUCAACCCUCCACCUUUCCCCGAUGUGGACUUCUCCUCCCUCAGCCUCCCCCGGAACGGAGACUUCCCCGCGGACCUCUCCUGCAUCGAUGAUCUUUCCAACACCUCGCUCUUCUCCUCUCCUGCCGACUCCCUGUCCGAGUACACAGACGCCGCCGACUUCCCCAGCAUCGGCAACUACGUGCCCACGCUAUGGGACAUAAACACGCCCACGCACAGCCAGCUGGAGUUGAACACCAGCAGGUUUGAGGGCUUGAGCAGUUUGGAGGAUAUCUCUGCCAUUAUCAACACCCCGCCUUUGGGAGCAUACCAGCCGCCCCAGCCGCCCCAGCGACCCCAGCAGUCCCCAGAAGAGGAAGAGGAGGUGGACGAAGAGGAGACAGAGGAGCUCGGGCACGUGGACACGUACGCGGAAUACAAACCGUCCAAAUCCACGAUAGGGAUCUCGCACCCGGACAUCGUCGUGGAGACCAACACCCUGUCCAGCGUCCCGCCUCCCGACAUCACCUACACCCUGUCCAUUCCCGAAACCACUAUCAGCAAAGGUCAGCUGUCUGCCCUGCAGCUGGAGGCCAUCAUCUACGCCUGCCAGCAACACGAGGUGAUCCUGCAGAACGGCCAGAGGGCGGGCUACCUGAUCGGAGACGGCGCCGGCGUGGGGAAGGGCCGCACCGUGGCCGGGAUCAUCCUGGAAAACUACCUGAAGGGGAGGAAGAAAGCGCUGUGGUUUAGCGUUUCCAACGACCUGAAAUACGACGCCGAGCGAGAUCUGAAAGAUAUCGAGGCUCCCUGCAUUCCCGUGCAUGCCUUAAACAAGAUUAAGUAUGGCGACACAGCUACCUCAGAAGGAGUGCUCUUCGCGACGUACUCCGCCCUGAUCGGGGAGAGCCAGGCGGGGGGGCAGCACCGCACCAGGCUCCGGCAGAUCCUGGACUGGUGUAAGCCGGGCUUCGAUGGAGUCAUCAUAUUUGACGAGUGCCACAAAGCCAAAAACGCCACGUCCACCAAGAUGGGCAAGGCCGUGCUGGACCUGCAGAACAAGCUGCCGCUGGCCCGCGUGGUGUACGCCAGCGCCACAGGUGCUUCUGAGCCAAAGAACAUGAUCUACAUGAGCCGGCUGGGGAUCUGGGGAGAGGGGACCCCCUUCAAAAUCUUCGACGACUUCCUGCACGCCAUCGAGAAGAGGGGUGUGGGCGCCAUGGAGAUCGUGGCGAUGGACAUGAAGGUGAGCGGCAUGUACAUCGCCCGGCAGCUCAGCUUCUCGGGGGUGUCCUUCCGCAUCGAGGAGAUCGGCCUGGACAACGACUUCAAGCUCGUCUACAACAAAGCUGCCAAGCUGUGGGCGGAGGCGCUGGCGGUCUUCACGCGGGCGGCGGACGAGCUGGGCCUGGUCUCCAGGAAGUCGCUGUGGGGCCAGUUCUGGUCCUCCCACCAGCGCUUCUUCAAGUACCUCUGCAUCGCCGCCAAGGUGCGCUGCCUGGUGGAGCUGGCCAAGAAGGAGCUGGAGGCGGGAAAGUGCAUCGUGAUUGGGCUGCAGUCCACGGGGGAGGCGCGCACCAGGGAGGUCCUGGACGAGAACGACGGGCACCUGGACAGAUUCGUCUCGGCGGCGGAGGGUGUUUUUCAGUCGCUGGUGCAGAAGCACUUUCCGUCGGAGAAGCAGAAGAGAGAAAAGAGCGCUGGAAACAAAAGAAAACGCAAACCCAAGGGCCGGCCGCCGAAGUACCCCAAGCACAGCGCGGAGGUGGGGAUCGUGAUCCACAUCAGCGACGACAGCAGCACCGAGUCGGACGGGCCGGACAGCGACUCCAACUCCUCCCCCGAGUCCCUCAUGGACAACGACGACGUCAUCUUCGUCAACCACACUAACUGUCACACUGCGAAGAUCGAGGAAAUGAAGCAAGAUCUCCUGAACAAGAUUUCUGUGCUGGGAAAGGAACUACCUCUGAAUACUCUGGAUGAACUGAUAGACAAGUUUGGCGGUCCAGAGCAGGUCUCUGAGAUGACCGGGCGGAAGGGUCGGGUGGUGCGGAGGCCUGACGGCAGCGUUCGGUACGAGUCCCGGGCAGAGCAGGGCCUCACCAUCGACCACGUCAACAUCAAGGAGAAGGAGCGCUUCAUGUGUGGGGAGAAGCUGGUGGCCAUCAUCUCGGAGGCGGCCAGCUCGGGCAUCUCUCUGCAGGCCGACAAGCGAGUGCAGAACCAGCGGAGGAGAGUGCACAUGACGCUGGAGCUGCCCUGGAGCGCCGACCGGGCCAUCCAGCAGUUCGGCCGUACCCACCGCUCUAACCAGGUCACUGCGCCGGAGUACAUCUUCCUCAUCUCAGAGCUGGCGGGGGAGCGCCGCUUCGCCUCCAUCGUGGCCAAGCGGCUGGAGAGCCUGGGGGCGUUGACCCACGGAGACAGGAGGGCCACGGAGUCCAGAGACUUGAGCAAAUACAACUUUGAAAACAAGUAUGGCACCAAGGCUCUGGACAAGAUCACCAAGGCCAUCCUGGGGCACAUCGAAAGCAAAGUACACCCUCCUAAAGGGUACCCAGGGGGCGACGCCAUGUUCUUCAGAGAAAUGAAGCAGGGAAUGAUGGACGUUGGAAUAUUCUGCAAAGAGCCUCGCUUUGGGAUCAGUACUGAAAAAGACUGCAGCAUCACCAAGUUCCUCAACCGCAUCCUGGGCCUGGAGGUCCACAAGCAGAACUCGCUCUUCCAGUACUUCACCGACAACUUUGACUACCUGAUCGAGAAGGACAAGAAAGAGGGGAAGUACGACAUGGGCAUUCUGGACCUGGCCCCGGGUAACGAUAAGAUCUACGAGGAGACGCAGGAGAAGUUCCUGACCGCGGGCAACCCUCAGGACGGACAGGUGGUCCUGUACAAGAUCAGCGUGGACCGGGGCAUGCACUGGGACGAGGCGUACAGCAAGGCGCAGACGCUCACCGGCCCCGACGACGGCUUCUACGUCUCUCACCGGCUGAGGGGGAACCACCCCUGCGUGCUGCUGGCCGAGCAGGGCCGGGGGAGGAACCUAAUCCUCUACAAGCCCAACAUCGGCAAGCAGGCCCACCCCGAGAGCCUGGACAACCUGCAUCGUAGGUACCGCAAGGUCACACCAGAGCAGGCCAAGGACAGCUGGGAGAAUCAGUUCACAUUCUCCUUCAGGAAGUGCAGCCACGCUAACUGGAAUGGGAAGUGCAAGCAGGUGGAGGCGGGGCACGAGUGCUGGCAGGGCAUGCGUCUGCGGCAGUACCACAUGCUGUGCGGCGCGCUGCUGCGCGUCUGGAAGCGCGUGGCCGACGUCGUCUCCGACGUCACCAACUCCAGCAUCCUGCAGAUCGUGCGGCUCAAGACCAAGGAGCACAACAAGCAAGUCGGCAUCAAGAUCCCGGAGAACUGCGUGGCGCGGGUGCGGGAGGAGCUGGCGCAGAUGAACAAGGAGGUGAAGCGGCGGCGGAGCGAGCGCGAGCAGCAGGAGCAGCGGGCGCUGGAGGCGCGCCUGGCGGAGGAGCGGGAGCUGGAGCGCCAGAGGAGGCAGGUGAUCAGCCGGUUCUGCGGCGGCCAGCCCACGGUGCUGCCCGGCCUCGCCUCCUCGCUGGCGGCCUACCCCGGCCUCCCCCAGCUGGCCCCCCUGCAGAGGAGCCCUGUCGACGAGAUCCUGGACCUGACCACCAGCAGCCCCUCGCCCUCCCCCGACAGCAGCGGGGCCGGGGGCCUGGGCUUGGACAGCCUCGUCGGGCCUCUAGGGGGCGCCCAGGACCAUUUCAGCCUGGAGUCGCUGAUCUCGCAGACGGUGCUGAGCGGGCAUCACCCGUCGCACCCGCAGCAGGACCUCCUGGACUUUCUGGAGAACCCCGCCCUCAGCCUUUCCUCCGCCUACUCCACCUUCCCUUCCCACACGGCCCCCACCUCCACCGUGCCCCCCAUCUCCACCAUCCUUCCGCCCUCCUCGUCCUCCUCCUCCUCCUCUUCCACCUCCUCCACUUCCUCCAUGUUCUCGUCUGUCAUGGCCCCUUCGGAACACCAAGCGAACCCCUUACCCAACGGCCACUGCAGCGCGGACCUCUUUAACGUACGAGAGGUCUUGGACAGCAUGUUGCGGACCAACCCGGACCGGCAGUCUGUCAUCCAGUCUCGGACACCAGACUGGGACGGCACGCCCACGUCCCAUAGCCCAUAUGCACACACCAGUUUCCUCCCCCCGCCCCUCUGAACCCGUCCCUGACGCCUGACCGCCUGACCCCCUCACCUCAGGGCCAGGGGUCACCUCAGCACUGCCUGUAGUGUGGAUGUCGCUUUGAAUUUCUCUUUCAGGAGUGCAAAUAUAGUUUGGGAAUUCCUCCUUUGAGAAAAUGGAAAAAGAAAAAUGUCCACCUAGCCCCAUGAUCUCUGUAGGAGUAUUUCCCUCAAACAAGAAAACUAGAACUUCUAUUUCCAAUUCACUUAAACGUAUAUAUAUUUGAUGUUUUCCCUGAAUACCUCUCAAAUAAUUAAUCCAGUAAAUGCCGUGUUUUGCAAGAUAUGGGGUCCUUUAUAUGGAGGCAGAGCUCCAGAGGUUCCCAUCAGUCAGAGUUUUCCCAAACUGUGUGUGCAGCCUAGGAUUUGUCUGGAGAUCAGACUCAAAUCUGUCUGGAAAUCAGACUCAGAUCUGUCUGGAAAUCAGAUUCAGAUCUGUCUGGAAAUCAGACUCGGAUCUGUCUGAUUUGAUCUGUCUGGAGAUUAGACUCAGAUCUGUCUGGAAAUCAGACUCAGAUCUGUCUGGAAAUCAGACUCAGAUCUGUCUGGAAAUCAGACUCAGAUCUGUCUGGAAAUCAGACUCAGAUCUGUCUGGAAAUCAGACUCAGAUCUGUCUGGAAAUCAGACUCAGAUCUGUCUGGAGAUUAGACUCAGAUCUGUCUGGAAAUCAGACGCAGAUCUGUCUGGAGAUUAGACUCGGAUCUGUCUGGAAAUCAGACUCGGAUCUGUCUGGAAAUCAGACUCGGAUCUGUCUGGAGUUCAGACUCAGAUCUGUCUGAAAAUCAGACUCAUAUCUAUCUGGAAGUCAGACCCGUCUUUAGAUCAGAGAGUCUGGCAGCAGAACACAAGAAUCCAUUCUUCGUUUGGGAGAUUUACACCAAGCUAACUGACCAGAGACCCACGAGGUCCCAAUGCCUCUAAUGUUGAGAGUCUAGUUUCCAGGUUUUCAUUGUUCUAAUGAUGUCACUGCCUCCAUAGAAGUACUCCAUCCCAUCCAAACAUCAGUCACGUUUCUGACAUCACAGCUCAAAAAACCAUCCCGUAAGAGUGACAUAUUUAUGUCAGUUUGUCAUGAAUAUUUUCAGAUUUGGGUUGAAAUAUUUAAUAUGAAAUUUUAUCUUUAAACUUUUCAAACUAACAAAAAGAACAUAUCUAUUUGUACCUCAGUGUGUUUGCUGCCCCCACCCAAGACCACAGCACUCCCUGCUGACCAAACAGGGCAUAAGCAGGAAGGUGUGAACGGGGAUCGAGAGCCAUAUGUAAUCUUUCUCGCUGGUUUUCAUGCGAAGGUUCGCCACAAAGCUGUCUUUUGUGUCUCUCUCUGUGUUGCGAGGGCUUCGGCCUGCUUCAGUCGUCCUUGCUUUCGACCGGUACUGAACCGAAUGCCUCGUGACCGGUGGACGGAGCUGAAACUGGACCGCGCCUGCGGUUUCAUAAUGUAAGGCUCCUUUACGCAACGCAGGCCCCGACGUGAGCCCCUCGAGCCAUGGCAUCGACGUUUCGCCUGCGUCCCUCUCCCAGUCCAGUCCUCAGCGUAGAAACUGCACAGUCAGCUUGCACAGGCUUUUCCCCAUAUCUGGUUUCAAUAUUUAAAAAAAUAAUAAUAAUACUAUAAUAAAAACAGCCUACUGUUAUAACAGUGCCUUCCUUUGGAACAUGUUAAAAAAUGCAGUCGUUCAAAUACAAAGGUUUAUGUAUAUAUUUGUACUCAAGAGUAGUGCUACCAUAUUUAUUAUGAUUUCUAAUUUAAGUCUCUUUACUCCCCCCCCACCCCCCACCUCCCACCCUGCCUGACGACUGUGCAGCAGGGAGUGAAUUUGGACCUUUCACAAAUUAGUUUAAUUUUUUUUUCCCCCACCCAUUAUGACACAUUGAUGCUCGUAAUGUGACUGCUCUGGAUCGCUUUUACUUUUGAAAUUCUCAAUUCUCAGGAAAGUCUGAAAUUAAUUGUAUUUUCCCCCUGUCCAACAUUUAAACUUUUAAAAGUUUUUAAGCCUAUUUGUUUCAGCCCUCCUCUUGAAUUUCAGGUAUCAUAAUGGAUGAGUAGACGACAUUACUGUGUUGUCACAGCACCCUAAUUGGUUAACAGAUGCCCAAGUUUUCUCGCUCCUCUCCUGGUCAACCUUAAUAAAAGCAAUAAGGUCUACACGUAUAAAAGCGAAAGUACUGUUUACACUCAGCAGCUGAAGGUUGAAAUUUGCCUCUUGAGGGGAAAAUUGGACUCUUCUUAUUGCAUUUUAUCUUUAGUGCUGGUUGCACCUGCUGCAAAUCCAUAAGACGGUGUAUGGAAAAGAAGAACGAAUCGGUCCUUUAUGUUAGAAUAAAGGCUUGUCCUCUAUUGUUGUAAAGAAAAGUGGGAUGAGACGCAAUGUGUUGUUAUUGAUAUUGUCCUUAUUAUUAUUGUCACUUGUAUCAUUAUUGUUAUUUAUAUUUAAGGGACAUUCUACCAGAAAUAGUUUAGGUUAAUAAUUUUAGGUUGUAAUCCUGUUUUUUUUUUUUUUUUUUUUUUAAGUUAAUAAUACUUUUAAAAGUUGACUAAAGGUUUUGUCAGGGACUUUUUAGAAAAAACAAAAUGACUUUAAACAAAAUAUAUCUAUUGUAACCUGCCACCAAAUAUAUUGCACUGUUCUGUACUGCUGUUCUUGUUUCCCUAGUUUCUUUUCCCUUUUUUUGCUGACUUUUAGUAGAAUUAUACUUAUUUAUGAUUUAGGGGGUUUUUUUUCAGUGGGAGCUUCAGACUGCAGAGUGAUACCAAAGUAAAUCGCACCUGAAGUUUCCCGGCUGCAUUCAAACCAUUCUUAAUCUCAGGAAGAAAUCUACAUAAUAUAUGUAUCUGCGAGUCCUAUUGAAAUGCAUAGCUACGGUUUCACUGGUAGCCAUGACAACCGGGAAUCACACCAACAAGGAAAAAAAAACUUGUGCUACUUUUUUUUCAUUCUGCAGUGCAACUCUGAGAACAACAUGCUGUCUUUUUUAUGUUUGAGACUUGAUAUUUUUUGGUCGUGUCCUUCAGUGUUGUGAUUUUUUUAUUAUAAUUUUUUUUUGGUGUGGGGGAGGGGAUUUUUAGUGUGUUUAUGCCUUCUUUGAGCAAAGAUCAGAAGCUUUUUCUAAAAAAGGAUCAUUUAGUUGUUUCUGUCUGUUUGUCUGUACGGAACAGUUUAGCUGUAGGGCUAGAGACCUGGGAACAUGACAGUCCCCCCCACCAACCACCACCUGGUCCCGUCAGCUUUGUCUGUGUUACGUUGGUCUGUCCUCAUGCUGCGGAACAGUGGUUCUAAUCACAACCUCCCCCGUCUUCUUUCUCCAGCGCACACUCAGUGCUCUCUCUCGUUCCUGUGGCUUCUUCACAAAUCAGUCCUGAGGAAUCUGAGCUCGUUUGGUCGCCCCUAAUCUUAUACUCUUCUUGUACUCCUGUAUAAGUACGUCUCACACUCGCGGCUUUCUGCCAAACCCAGCCCAAGUAAACCCAAAGAAAGAAAUGUAGGCGUGGUGUCAGGCAGUACACGGGCGACGCCCCUUAUAUUGUGAAGCACAUUCGACUUCACCUUUGGUGACCCCUCCCAUUAGUGAUGGCUGGCUUCAACCCUUUCCUUUCUUAAAUACAGAAUGAGCAACAUGGCAAUAAAGCCUGGGCAGAUAGACAGGGAAAAGGGACAGGCUGCAUUGAAGAGAAAUACUUCAGAAACUACUUUUUCCACCUCAGAAACUGUCCAGUUUGUCCUUGUCUUUUUUUAUCUUGCACUCGGAAUGGCAUAAUCAGCUCUUGUUGCCUAUUAUGUGUAAUUGUGAGCUGCAAGCCUGUCAUGUUCCUUUCCUUUCCCUGCAUUGUAUUUUAUAUGUUGUAGCCAUCUUCCUUUUCUUCUCACCCUGACAGAUAAAACAAAGUAUGACAUUCAAGUAAUUUAUUGCUAACAAUGAAAAACGAAACAAACAUGCUACUGAUUGUAUGUAUUUUUUAAACAAAGGCUAUUUUUUCUGUAAAACUGUGUUUAGCACUUUUAUUCUGGGUUUUGCUUUUGUUUUUCUAUAUAUUUAUAAUUUAGAUGGAAGUGUAUAUAUUGUAAAAAAAAUUGUGCCUUUCAACUAAUUCUUUACAGAUUUUCUACUCAUAACAGAAGGAAGGAAUAUAUUGUAAUGCAGUCUUGACUUUGUUAACAAAUAAAUAUUCAAAGAUUGCGGAA